CCAUUUGGUUUGCAAAGAGCGAACAUCAGCCGUGGUAGUUUGUAUCGUUCGUGAUGGAACAAUGCAUGCCAGCUACCACUAGGAACUGAGUGCAUCCUCAUAAUGUCUAGUUUUCGACAAUUUCUUUCAAGACUAGCCUUUCGGAGAACUGCAAUUCCCACUGAGAUAAGUGGUUAUGUUGCACCUGGGUUUGAGUUCGUGGAAAAAGCAUUCAGAAAAAACUUUGAAAGUGGCAAAGAUAUUGGUGCAUCUUUUGCUGUUUACCACAAUGGGAAGCUUGCAGUGCACCUUUGGGCCGGUAGUUCUGACAAGCAGACAAAACAACCAUGGAAAGAAAACACCAUGUCAUGCUUCUUCUCUACAACAAAAGCCAUGACAUCUUUGUGUUUGGCAAUUCUGGCAGAUAGGAAACUGAUAGAUUACAAAAGUCAGGUUGUCCAGUACUGGCCUGAGUUUGGACAGAAUGGAAAGGAAACGAUCACAGUGGAGCAGCUGGUCAGUCAUCAGGCAGGGCUAAUAGAAAUUCCCACUUUGCUGAGUCUGGAAAUUUUGGAGGACCAUGUGAAAUUGGGAGAAAUUAUUUCUACCCUAAAGCCAUCAUGGGUACCAGGGAGUUGUCAUGGCUACCAUGCUCUCACAUUUGGCUGGUUAGUUGACCAGUUGGUCAGAAGAGUGGAUCCAAAUCAUAGAAGUGUUGGGCAGUUUUUUCAGGAUGAAGUGGCAAAACCUUUUGGAAUUGAUUUCUACAUUGGUUUACCAGAACAUCUAAACAGUUGUGUAGCUUCUCUAGAAAGGGAGAAUAUGUUAGAUGGUCUAACAACACUCAUGAGGGACCAAAGGUUUAGGCCAAUGCUCAAGGCAAUGGGCCAAGGGGGGAAUAGCCUACUAUGGAAAUCUUUGAAAAACCUAGGAAUUGCUGGAAAGAUGGAUCUUCAUAAACCAGAACAUUAUAGCCUUGAAGUUCCAGCAGCUAAUGGUAUAGGGACGGCAAAAGGUGUUGCAAAAGUAUUUGGGAUUUUGUCCAAUGGUGGAUUUGAUAGAGAAACAGGCAAACAGCUUCUCAGCAAAGAAAUGAUAGAUCGCUUACUUGUUCCACUUACCUCAGGGUUGGAAAAAGUGUUUAUGUUUGAGACUAAUUUCAGUCUUGGUUUUGCCACUGAAGAAUUUGAGGGUCGGACAAUUUUUGGCCACUCUGGUUCUGGGGGCCAGGGUGGUUUUGCUGACCCUUACUAUCACCUUGGGUGGGCAUACCUGACCAGGAAAAUGAUGACCAGUCCCCCUGCUCAGGAUAAGAGCAAACGGGACGUGAAAGAUAUAGACCAGGGCUUGGAAGAAUUUAUGAGGGAAAGAGGGAUGACAGAUAAACAAUGAACGAGCAAGUUAUUAUCACCACGUAUUUCCAGCUUGGGCUCAGCUACAAGGAAAUUUUGUAUGCGCUUGCUCUUAAUCACCGUAUCGUCUUAAGUCUCAGGACACUGAAGAGACGGUUGCGCCAACAAUGUCUGUUCCGACGCAAACACUUUACAGUCAUUUUGGAGGUUGCAGAUUUUAUUAUUGAUCAGAUCAAUGAAAGUGGAAAUAUGCAUGGAUACAGAUGGAUGCAUUUGAAGUGUUUGCAAGCAGGCAAGACAGUCCAGCGAGACACAGUGUAUUUAAUAAUGAAGAUCAUACUGGUUGUGCUCAUAAUUCACGCGACAAUCCGUAUGCGUAUACUCCAUGUACGUAUUAACUCUGUACUCACGCCCCCUGAGAGACAAUGGGUUGUUUUGAUAAACUACAAAAGCCUGUGCGGGUAGCAAACAAUAGCGACGUGGACUCAUACAGGGCCUAAGCGCACAGGGGGAGGAGCACAUAUGUAAAUUAUUGUACGGGCGACCCUUGGAGACGGGAGUUCGUCCUCGCCAAGCGCGACGGGAAGUAAAUUGAUGCGCGCUAUAAUCCGACUUAAUUAACAGCUUUCAGCUUGGCAGUAUUGCACCUUGCGCUAGGCUGAAUGUCGACCUGCCGUCUCGUUGUUUUGUUUGCUUCUUACAAUCAGGGGGAUGGGCCUCUGCUAUUUAAUACAUUUGAAGGAUUUUUUUUUUGUAGAUUUGGUGAAUUUCUCGAGCGAUCAGUCUGUGGCCCAUACCAAUUAACUCUUCCUAUGUUGGCAGAAGUCUCCCUAAUUUUGGACGUUUCUACCGAUCUCCCUUUUGUCUCGAUACAUCACACUUUUCUCUUUGUCCUUACGUUUGGAAACUUCUCAGGUUAAGUGAUAGGGGUAUAGAUAGCACUAAACAAUAAAAAGAAAAUACCAACGACAAAGCCGUGCCAGGUCUUCGUGUGAGUAACAUCCAAAACACUGUACAUGCAUGUAUGUUGUUUUCGUGGAGACGAAGCUGGUUUCGAAAGGAACCUAAAUAGCGAUAAUUAAAACCACAGCUGGCUAAGCUACCUGGACAUUGUAGUAAGUGACAGAUACAAUAUAAGGCGCCGAGCCGAACUUGAAAUAUAACGAGCGUAUUGUCGAGCCACAGGUUGAGUAAUUUUCGGGUACAGCUCGGUGGCGAGUGUUGCAUCUAGCUUAAACCACAGCCUCUCAUCGGUUAGUACAAUGUCCUCGCGAUAUAUUACUGAAUGCCAGCUGAGCGGUGGAAAAUUAAUUCCAUGCAAAAAUUCUUGUUGGGCAUUAGAAAAAAUUAUCAAAAAUGACUUAGUGUGUCAAUUUGCCUAACGGCAAGGGCUUAAGUGUUUGUGCAAGAUCGGUCACAUAACUGCAUUCGCUUACUGCAACUCCUUGAAUUAUGAAAUAGAUUAAUUAAAAGAAGAUCUUUAACUGAUACGUGUGCAAAUGCUGUGGAGGAGAGUUCGCCCAAACAAAUCAUUAAGGGUAAAUGGCAUUUGAUUAGCCUUUGUUGUGAACACAAUAACAUCAUGUAUGAAGUAAGUCCAAAUUAACAUAGUUUUAAUUUUUUCAAUUUAAUUCGUGCAUUAUAACAAGAAUAGUUAUCAAUGUUGUUUUCAUGUGUACAUGUACGUCCUAGGGAUCGAUGGUGGAAGUAAAAAGACUGUCAUACUUUUUUUGAUAACCCGCUUGUCGGCGGUGGAAAUUACAAUACAACGCUUUGUUUGCUGGUUAAUGAUCGCAUUAAGGGGUGGCCGAUUUCGCACCUUUUACAUUUCAUUCAAUGGCAGUUACAACUGGUAGUCGCCCCUUUGUUUCGUUGUCCAGUGUUACCUAAUGACUGGGUUGUAAGUGACCUUGAUAUUAAAAACUAUUCCAUUCUUUGACUAGGUCUACUAGUAUACAUCCCAAGAGCGUUCUCAGGCAGCAAUUGUUAAUCAUUAAACAAUAGCGAUAAAGCAUCGGUUUCGGCAAAUUUCAAUCUUUGGGGCCAUCAACAGUGCCUAAAUAUUCAAGAGACACCAGUAAACUAAAGUACUUUUUCGUUGGCAGUGUCAGGGUGAACAAGAAGUUAUAACUUCUUGGGGUGAAUCAAAAUUUUCUCAAUAAGGUGCUGGUAGGCUAAUGAAAGACUAGGAAAUAAUCGUUAAUUGCAUCGAGAAUUUAAUCCUGUGCAACCUUCUACAAAAUGAAUAUUUUACACUACUGCAUGGGUCGUUAUUCAUAAAGAAUGUUUUAACGUUUUAUAAGGUUUUUGACAGAU